GUAAUGCAACUGCCGUAAAGUAGAAGGUACGCAGUGCACGUGAAAGCAACACAACAUGAACGUAAACGUUUGUGUGACAGAAAUCAGAGUGUGCAGUGAGCUGGUGUAAACCCGACAUUGGGAUGGCAAAGUUAACUUGUUUGGUCUAAAAAGACCGGUUAUUCGGUGGGAAACUCUAGCUUGAGUUGAGCCGCCAUGGGGACACGGUGGUCUCGUACCGACAGCAGCUUGUCGCUCCUCCCGGAGAGGCAGAGCUCUGGGCGGCAGGGAGAGGACAUAGACUCCGAUAACGACUCUUUGGAUGGGCUCGUCAGACGGGAGGACAUAGCUCAGUUCCCCUACGUGGAGUUUACCGGCAGGGAUAGCAUAACGUGUCCGACAUGCCAAGGCACUGGGCGAAUACCCUCCCAGCAAGUGAAUGAAUUGGUUGCAUUGAUCCCAUACAGCGACCAAAGGCUGCGGCCCCAAAGAACGAAGCUGUAUGUGGUGCUGUCAGUUGUGUUGUGCCUCCUGGCGUCUUCCCUUGUUGCCUUCUUCCUCUUCCCUCGCUCCGUGGUUGUGGUGGAUGAUGGGAUACACUCAGUGUCUGUGCGCUUCGACCCCUCCAACACUAAGGUCCUAUUGAACAUGACAAGCACUCUGAACCUCAGCAACCCAAACUUCUUCUCGGUGCUGGUGCAGAGUGUGAGCUGCCAGGUCCUUUACAUGAAGAUGGUGAUCGGAACUCAGCAGCUGGACAAUGUCACCACCAUCCUGCCGCUCAGUCAGAGACAGGUGAACUACACUGUCAGUGUGGAGAUUGGGAGCAGUGCAUCCUACGUCUACGCCUUCUGCACCAUGCCCAGCAUUAAGGUGCACAACAUCGUCGUAUUUAUGCAAACCUCAGUGAAAACUUCAUACAUGGUGCGAACAUCCCAGAACAGCCUUGAGGCCUAUCGCUACAUCGACUGCGGUUCCAACACCACGCGCUACCAGACAGCCGGGCAUCACGGGCAGCUCUCCUCCACCCACUCGCCAGCCCUCAGCCCCCCUCUGCUGUGAGUGGAGCAGUCCUGGAUCCCUUCCCUGCAGGAGGUGGAGGUGGUCGCCGCUCACUCCGGGAUGCAUUUUGCAGACAGAAACCACCAGCAGCAAAAUAUCAAACGGUGCUUCCUUUUUAGGUAACAAUAAGCAACCAUUGAAUGAUGAAGCUGGAUAACAGCGCUGAAUGUUGUAUUUUUUUUAACUGUACAUUGGUUUUCAUUGGACAGCCCAGAGGCAACAGAUGUAGGUUUUUGUUGCGGUUGUUGUUUGGCAGCAACUUUUUGGUUUUUACUUGCAUUAGCGGUGUUGAUUGCCUGAACUCAUCAUGUCUUACAAUACAAGUUUGGUGAAAAUGGAGUGACUAAUUGAAUGAGUCAUUGCCGACGAGCGCUCUGUGGCCCUGCUCUGGAGGCAGGACAAGUCAGAGGAAGCUCUUUUCUUUGAGGGGAACGGCCGUCAUUCCAAGCUGACAAUGACGUGCCAGAGAUGGCCUUCUGCUUUAAUUAACACUGCUCUGUCUGUCUGCUGCUGUAACAUCAGGAGAGCCUUCGUCAGCAUAGCUUACAUUACUUGUUGGUAUUGUAACAGUGUUGGACUGAAGACUGGAAAAGAGAAAUAGCUGGUCUGCUGUUUUCUAUGUUGGAUUUAAUGCAUCUACAGAAAGGGAUAAUUUAAUGAUUGAAUGUUUUUGCACCUUGAAACUGGGACAAAUUGCUUUUGCUGUGUUUAUUUAAUUGUUUCUGAAGUUGAAAAUGGCAACAUUUAACAUAUCACAGAUGUUUUAAAAAUGAAUUAAGUUAUUUUUUGGUACCUCAAGUCUAAGCACACUGAUUUUAGAUUCAGGGUGUAGUCAGUAUAAGUGUCAUAGAGAGGAAUACUGCUCUCGGAAUACUGCUCUCGGAAUACAUUUAAUUUAAGUUAAGUUAUCAGUGAAGCUUAUACUGAAACCCUGAGCGGUGAAAUUCUGGUGAUCCAUUUUCUAAGUAUAAUCUGCAUAGUUUUUUCUCCUGUAUUUAAGAAUAGUCAAAAUAAAGUUUUUAGUAUGUUUUUUUUAUCAGAUAAUUUUUUUUUCAAAUAUAGUUUUUCUAAGUUAUGAAAGACAUAACUGUAAUGUCACACAACUUGCUAACACACAAUAUAUGUACCUUGUGUUUAGAGUUCAUUGAGAAAUGAAAACUCAGCUUUAAGAAGUCCUUUUUAUAACAUGGGGUCGUUCUGCACUGCAGCCUCUUGUGGUCUAAAUGAGUAUUACAACAGCAAACACUUCACAAAUUCAUCUACCAAAACUUAGUUUUCCACCUUUUUUCACAGAUGAAAUGCAUUUUAUUUAUACCUGGUUUUAAGUCAUAAACACAGGAUAAAAAACAAUUUAGAUCAGACUUAGAAAAUGCAUCACCAGAAUUUAAAUCUUCCAUAAUGUGUUGAUAUUAACUAGGAUACAGUGAAUUACAGGAUCAGUGAUUAGAUCAUAAGUUAUUUUUCGUUUACACUCCUUGCUAAGCUACUGAAGGAAUAAGAAUAUAUUUGUUGUUAAACAUCUGUAUGCAGUAUCUUCUCCACCAUGGUCUUCAAAAUCCAGAUGUGCAACAGCAAACAGCAUUUAAACAUCAUGGCUGAAAGCGCGUGUGUGUAUUUUUUAAGUAUACUUACAGUGGGUCUGACCGUAACAGAUCAACACCCUUUCCUUUGCCUUAUCUUCAUCUGUGUGUUUUAAUCAACUCCUCUGUGUCAAUAAUUUCUCAUCUCUGCCAAGCAUCUUACACCAGGAAGUACAUUAUGAGCGAUCACGGUGGUUGACUGUAACUUUACAUCACACAAUAUUCUCAAAUGACUUCUGCUACAGUAUCUGUUCUGUCGUAAAGUUGACUUCACAAUGGAAGCAAACUUUUUUUUUUUAUAUAUAUAAAAGGGACAGUUGUUUGUAAAUUUGUGAAUGAAAUAUUUUACCAGGGUUUUUAAAACAAAUACAGUAUAUAUUGUCAUGCUAAAACAUAUAUUAAAUUACGUUUGAAUAAAUAAAACUAAUAAUGAACCCCAA